CCCUCACGCCUCAGUUCAUCAGCCGCCAUUUUUCCCCCUUUCACUUCCUCCCUCCAUCUCUCUCGAUAGUUUAUUUGAAGCACUAUAGGGAAAGGAGAGAGAAAAGCUAUUUCGUAAGGUACUCCAAUUCAUUGACAUAGCUACAAUAUGGAGAUUGAUCAGGAAAGAGAAAAAGAUUUUGGUGUUCUGUUGAAACAGGGAGCAGAGGCUAGAGUAUAUGAGUCUACCUUUGUGGGUCGUAAGGCCAUUGUCAAAGAGAGAUUUUCAAAGAAGUAUAGACAUCCUUUGCUGGAUUCAAAAUUGACUCUUAAACGCUUGAAUGCGGAAGCUCGCUGCAUGACAAAAGCACGGAAACUUGGUGUUCCUACUCCAGCAUUGUAUGCUGUGGACCAUUUGUUGCAUACUCUCACUUUUGAGUAUGUCCAAGGUUCUUCUGUGAAGGAAGUACUCCUAGAUUUUGGGUCACAUGGUGUCAUUGAGGAGUGUCUGGAUGAUAUUGCAGCACAGAUAGGGGAUGCUAUUGCAAAACUGCAUGAUGGAGGUCUUGUUCAUGGUGAUUUGACAACUUCCAAUAUGAUUAUCCAGCAGGGUACUAAUCGGCUGGUGCUCAUUGAUUUUGGACUGAGUUUCACUUCUACUCUACCUGAGGAUAAAGCAGUGGAUCUAUACGUCCUUGAGAGAGCUUUGCUAUCCAUGCAUUCAUCAUGCGGCAAUGUGAUGGAACGAGUACUUGCUGCUUACAGGAAGUCUUCAAAACAAUGGUCAUCAACACUAAACAAGCUAGCCCAAGUGAGACAACGAGGCCGGAAGCGCACAAUGGUUGGAUGAAUAUUGUUUGAGGUGUUCUCUUGAGAGAACAACCUUGCAGAUCCACCAUUCAUGAGAUCAUUUGUCUUCACACAGGCCUUUAGCAUUCAGAAUUUGAAACUGGGAUUUAAGCUUCUAGUUUAAUUGUUGUACUUUUUGACUUGAUUGUUGUAAUCCUAGUCCAAAGCUUAUAAUUCAGGUCUAAAGUUUUUGGUACUAAAGCUUUUUAGCGGGAUACUGUCAAUACUACUACAAGCUCGGCAUUCCUGCUGCACGAAUGUAAUUAUUUGAUGAGAAUAUUGUCACUGUUUCUUAAACUUGUACCUUAAAAUUUGUCUUGCUGGGACAUUACUA